AUGGACCUGCAAGCAACAUGUAGUUCACAGACUAACGUGACGUACACGCGAAGUCGAAUAGUCGCUGAACUGGUGCUCUUACAAGCGAUGCGCGAAAGCGUGGCUCAAAACUUCGGUGACUACGGGAUGGGGACCAAUAUUGCCAGUCUGCAAGCCGAACGCGAACGGGUGAUUACGUCACUGGCCCUCAUGACCCAGAUCAAGCAACGUCCGGCAUCGGUGAGGGUGCUGCGGCUGGCAGGCACCCUGGCGACAUGCAGAGAUGCCGCCUUACAGCUCAGUGAGUACAAAUUGAGGCAGCUGGGGAGGAUCUCCACACCGCCACUACCGCCAUCCGGGCAGCAGCAGCAGUCCGCGCCGGCUAAGAAACGGCAGCAGCAGCAGCAGCUGCUCACAAAGCAGGUCUCUGGGGUGACACUGGGCCGGGUGGGGGCAGCUGGCAGUCGCAGAAGAUCUCCACUUGCAGAUAAGUGCCGUAGAGCUGUAGCUGAAACAGGCUUUGCAGGAGAUGGACCCAGCUCAGAGGAGCAGGCCUGUACAGGGCUUGGCCGGCCGGGAGAUGAUUACAUAUCCUAUCCAAUGAAGAAAAGCAGGAGCCAUAACUCUAUGGUCCAGACCACUGAAACCGCGCUGGAGGCUGAGGACGAAUGCGGUUACGUGGUCACCUCCGCCCCGGACAACACCUACUGCGUUAUUGACCCAGAUAGCGAAGACGACGCAAAUUCAGCUUGCGGCUGCGAUAAAGAUGGAGGAAACACUGCCGAGAGUGAGGGUGCCGAUGGGGGCGGCCUUACGGGCGUGUUUGGCUCGGUAUCUCCAGACCAGUGGGCGGCUUUUAAGGUCGCCGUCAGCGGCGGACACGACGCCGUACAAGCCUGUGCCGAAUGCAGUACAGGCUCCGCCGGCGUCGUCGUUGGCGUGGAACCAAGCUCUACCGCGCACCGCCACCAGUAUCCUCAUCGUAAUCGUCGCCAUUAUCAGCUCCAUCAGCUGUAUAUGCCCCGACGGGAAGAGGGUCAGGCGAGGAGCUGCACCACUGCUGCCGCUGCCGCCGCUGCCGUGGCGGUGCUUCCACCAAAGACAGCUGCUAGCGCCGGGCUUGACGGCGUUGUAACGCCGGCGGCGGUGGCGGCGGCAGCGGCUCCGGACUUAUUGACGGCGGACAUCACCCUGAUGGCUAAGACCGCCGCGGGGGGUUCCGGAGCCGACUGCAGCGGCGGCGACGGCGGCGGUGAUGCUGUUGGUAGUGUGGAGGUCGUCGCAGAUCAGGGCACCUCCCCCGGCGGCUCCGCGAGCUCCAUCGCGUCCUUAUGGGCUGCCGUGACCAGCAUGGCCGGCACCGCAGUGUACGACAGUACGGACGAUAAUGCGCAGGCGGGUCAGAUGCUGAGCCGCUACCGCGGCUGGUCUAAUGCCGCCGCCGCUGUGGCUGUUGCUGCCGCUCCGGCGGCGCCCGUGGUGGCGCCGGAGUCCGCGCUUCGCGCCGGCGCCGCCGGCGGUGGCGGCGGCGGUGGCGGCGCCAGCGCCGUUCACCGCCUCCGCCACCACAGCGCGCCGGCCCCGCAGGUCCCUCUGUCGUACACACAUCAGCACCAGUACUCUCACUCCAUCCUUGCUCAACCCCCUAAUGAAAACAACUUACCAGCAAAUGCCCGCACUGUACGGGACAAUCAAUUAGGUGUGGACUUGGCCGUACACCGCACUCACCAGGUCGAUGUAACGCAUCCCGCCCUGGCCGUUUUGCCGGAGGAUGGCGGCGGCGGUGGCGGCGGCGGCGGCAGCGCUGCCUUCAGCCAACCGGGAAGCCCGGCAGCAGCGGCGGCGGCAGCGCGUACGGCAUCGUGUUCCGCAGACCUUGGCAGUAGCAGCUCCCUCCUGGCGGCUCGCAGUAUGCUACUGCGGGAGUGCUACGACCCGGAGUCGCAGCCUCCGCUCGGUGGCUGUAGCAGCAGCGCGAGUAUGACCGUCGACGGGUACUACAGCCAUUGCGACGGCCUUGACCACGGGUAUGGCGGCGGCGCUUUACCACACCAAGCUGCGUCGUACACGACGUACGGUUACCGUCGUGCAUGUUCCUCGCUUGCUGCCCUAGAACAGUCGAACGCCGCCGCCGCCGCCGGCGUCGGCGUCGGCGUCGUUGGGUUGAGCAGUAGCAGCGACGACGACGACGAAUCGGAGCUGGAAGGUCAUCGCCUGCUCACGGCGUUCCGUACCCACACUGGAUCGAUGACGGCACGUAAUACGGGUUGGGGACUGCUAGGAACCGAUCCGGGACCCAUCACUUUCGGGAUGGAGCCGGCGCGCCGCGACCCGUGGGCAGUGGCGACGGCGGCGGCCAGUGCUGCAGCGGCGCACGGCGGCGGCGGCGGUGUAUCAGCGGUUGGCCAUGGCAGCUUUCAUAACGCCGGCGGUGGUACGGCGAGUGGUAUGGCGAGUGGCGAGGGUGGCGGAGGCAGCGGCGAGAUGGCCGGCAGGCGCGGGGAGGGCUGCGGCGGCGGAGGCGGCGGCGGAGGAGGAGACGGUAGCGGUGUUGACGGCAGCAGCAGUUCAGCUACUCCUACUGCUACAGCUACAGCUACAGCUGCGUCUGAGGAUGCCGUCGGUGAGGGAUGUCAUCAGGUGCUGCCGGCGGGGCGCUGCCGUAGCAGCUACCACCUGACCAACUCGCAUGCGGCGGUGGAGCUGUUCCUCCGCCUCAACCACGCGCGACAGACUAUGGACUUUGUCAAGAGACAGUUGAAAACCCAACCCAAGCUCCCGCCUCCACCUCCGCCUCCACCUCCGCCUUCAUUGACCCGCUGCACUAAGCUGAUCCUUUUGACGUCAUGUGGUGUACGGCACCUGCAGACCCAGCUAUUUGCCAGCCUGGAUAAGGCGCACAUGACAGAGAUCUCUGAGCUGUCUCUGUUGGAUCACGCCUUUCAAACUGCCGAGCUGUGCCGGCUGCACCACCCCGACCUGGACUGGCUGCAUCUGGUGGGCCUUGUGCACGGCCUGGGGAAGCUGCUGGCGCACAGGAGGUUCGGUGCUCAGCCCCAGUGGGCGGUAUGUGGCGAGACCUACCCGCUAGGCUGCCGCUUCUCCCCGCACAUCUUGGGCAGCCAGUACUUCACCGCCAACCCCGACCGGCGGCGGCGGCUGUACAACAGUCCCACGGGUCUGUACGCGCCGGGGUGCGGUCUGUUCAAUAUGGUCAUGUCCUGGUCAGCACCCGAGUACCUGUACCUGGUGCUGAUGUUGAACACCACGCACAUGCCACAGGACGCGCUUUGGGUCCUCCGUCACGCCAAGUUCUCGUCCCUCACCCGCCCGCAUUCGUGCUACCUGCCGCUGUGCUCCGCGGAGGACCUGCGCCGUCUGCCGCUGCUGCGGUCCUUCCAGUCGCUGGCGGCGUACCGCCGGGUUCCCCUCCCCGCGGGGUUCGCGUUGCAGGGGGAGCAGCGGACCGCCUACUACUCGGGCCUCGUCAGAAAGUACUUGGGGGAGGGGGCUCUGCACUGGUAG